AAGUGUUCCUCAGUUGCAAGAAAUCGGUUGUGUGGAGACAAACUCCCGUGUGAUAUUAGUGUAAAAUGGAAGUUCUUCCGGCUACAGUUCUGGACUACAAGUCCCGGAGUCCCAAAGGAAGUCCGAAGACGCUGUUCGCGGAAUGGUACUACGACCCGUCCAAGCAGGCGGAGGAGCUCGCCGGCGAUUCGCCGGUGCAGUUCUUGUCGAAGAGACUCGAGGAGGAGAUCCGCUCGGCGAAGAGAACUCAUCUGUCGUGCGGCGAAGUCCUUCUCCCGUGCGGACUCCUCCAAAAGGUGGCGGAAGAUGUAUUAAAAAGCGCCGAAACGGAGCUGUACGGGCUGAAGGGGUGCACGUUGUAUUUGUUAUACGAAGGUGAAGAGGACUGCAGGAGGUUGAGUAAUUUCAAGAUCGACCCUACGACACCUUCUACCUUCGAAAUAUACCUAACCUUCAAGCAGGCGAACGCUGGAUGGACUUUCCUGCCGCAAUUCCUCAAAAAAAUCACGAGGGGCGGCACGGUGGUCAUCAGCACGGAGUACGAACUGACCAAGAAGAAGCUCUACCGUUUGAAGAAAUAGACUGAUCAGAGUAGGCUAAGAAAGCGCAGCGUGAUUUAGGUUAGGUUUUGUUUUUUUAUUUUGAUUUUAUUUUAACAGUAUUACCUCGUCGAGGUGUUUUAAUAAUUGGAUUCCGUUGGGAAUCUGUGAUUUCUGCCAUCGUGAUAUGUGUUAUAAUAAUACAAUGAUAAUACGAUGUACCUGUGUACUUAAAAUGUUUCAAGUAUUUUUAAAUUUUAUUUAAAGGUUACUGAAGCUUUUUUUCGAUUACGUAAUGUGUUUUGUUCUUGUGAUAUAGAGUAGAUCGUUUGUUUCGACGUCAGUAAGACAUGCAUGAUCGUACAAAUCUUCAAUUAACAUGUAUGUUAACAUAUAUUUUUUAAUGAUGAUGAUGUUAAGAGUAAGAGGCUAUAACAUUUAGGUUGUAAGAUAUUUUAUAUACUUGUAGGUUUUUAUAAUGAGUAGAUCUAUUAUAAUCAUAAUAGUUUUUGCUACUUGUGUGAUAGUACAGUAUCUGUACAACUCUCAAGCUUUUGUACUAUGAAAGAAUAAAAAAGUACAAAAUGAAA